UGAAAUAGAUAUUUCACCUUACCCUAUUAUAUUCAAUAUUAAUAAAUAUACUGAUGUUUUUCUCAAUGGUAUCGGUAUUUUACGUUGGCUUGAUUUUAUAUUGCAAAAUCCGGAAAUAUCGAUUUUGUCGGUACUAAAAAAAAUAGACAAAAUAUUAUUCGAUACUAGUCCUUCGAAUGAUAGAAUAAAGAAAGACGUUCACAGUAGGCCGUCCACCUUACACCAA